UCCUAUACGAACUGUUGCUGAGGUUUUGUCUGCUGCUGUGUGUUCAAUGCCAUUCCUUCCUAUCAAGAAAAGAGGUUGUAUUUAUUUUAAGGACAACAUUAAAGUGGUUGAGCUGUGUAAAUAUUAGCAUGAUUACAAGGUUUCAUAGCUUUCAGUUUAUUCCAACAACAUUUAUUUGAGAACAGAAAGGUGUGUGGUGUAUUCAAGGCUCAAGCUGAAUCAUUUAAGAGUCUCCACAUUCAGCAUUGGCCAUUGGUAAUUCCUACAGAAUGCCAAAAAGAAAACAGGAGUCUUCAAGUUCAGAUCUGGCAUGCUGUGAAAGUCAAAAUAAAAAUAUCAGGAUUGACCAACAAAGUGUGUUUUGUCGAGGAAAUCAUGAAGCUGAGAUGUGCUAUGGAGGAGAAGCUGAUCUACACAAACAUGUUACUGGCUGUAAGAAGAAUCCAGGUCACAAAGGUUUUAUACCUCUUAAAGAUUUCAACGCAAAUUGUCUCCCCUCGCGUUACCAUGACGACGACCUCUUGUCUGAGACAAUCAAAACAUUGGCAGCCCUAACUGUCCAGGUAAAGACUAAAUUCACCAGUCUAAAGAGACCAGAGUUUUACCCAGGUACUCAAGUUCCAUAUCCAUUUUAUAAUGACAGAGGAAGUCACGUGAUGAGGUUAGGGACGGGGAGAGUGUGGUGUGUGGACAAGUACACAAAGAGAGACAAAACUUGUUGUUGUGCCAAGUGUCAAGUCUCUGCCACACCCAGCAAAGUGUGGGGAGAGGUUCUUGUGAUAACAGCCACACACGUGGUGUUUGAUGACAGUGAGGCGAGACAGACCAGGUGUGUUUUAGGUUUUGAUGACAAUAAAAGUCCAGUGGUCAGUCUUGAUGGCUGGGAGGUGAGGGGUGGGGCGGACAUUGAGAAAGACUGGUGUCUGUUGAGAUAUGUGACAUGUGACUUAGAGUUGGUUGAGAAACUGGACAAGAUGUGUGAGCGUUUUUAUUAUCUACGUGGGGAAGCAAGGGACAAAUACAGGAGCUUUGUUGAUGUGGACAAGUUGACCGUUAUAGUGUCACAUCCUCAUGGCUGUCCUAAACAGGUCUCUGUAGGACGAUGGACACGCAAAUGUCAGAGGUAUGGCAACACCAGGUACUGGUACACAACAUGUACAUGUCCUGGCUCCAGUGGAGCGGCUGUCUACAGGCUGGAAUAUGACAGGUGGAAGUAUUACCAUCCCCACAGUGGAUCAAACUCUGAAGGAAAUUAUAGUGGGGGGUGGUGAGACUGAUGUAACUGUUAGUUCUCUCCCCUUGUCUACACAAUGUAAACAAACAAAAUGGCGGAACCUAUCCCGUCUUUAAAUUGUUUAUGUUAAGACUAGCAUGUCAUGUAAACAUGUUAUUACAUUUAAAUGAUUAAAACAAAUGUUUUGAAUGGUGUGAACCGUUUAACCUAAUUAAUUUGAAUGUACAUUGAUGGAUUGUAGAGUUUUUUUUUUGUUUCAAAUGUUUUAACUAAUUUGCUAAUAACUUUUGUCGUCAUAUACCUAUAGGCUGUCUAUUACCUGUGAAUUAAAUAUAACCGACGUGCUAAAUCGCAUAUUCAAACUGUUUGUUUUUGUUUACAAAAUGUUCACACUAAACGACAUUA